AUGCAGGCACAGAGAGUGACACAGCACCGACGGCACAGCAUCCUUAUCAUGUGCAUGAUGCCCGUGUGCAGAGGCAUGUGUAGAAAUAGGGCGUUUAUUUCGUCUGUGCUGCAUGCGCUGUCGAACAGAGCCGUGGCGACAAAAUGGCGCGGUCUUGCAUCGCAGGCUGUCCACGCCCGAGUAGUCCAGAUGUUCGCACACACCCUGCUGAAGAAGAUGAUCGACGGCUGGCUGGUCGAGGUGCGCUCCUACUUGUGGCGGGUGAUGCCAGGCAGAAGUGCAGAAGUUUACGGUCACAUCAUGCGAGGUCCUCCAGAUCCGUGGCAUCAUGCAGAGCAGAGCCUGGCGAUUCGCAGGAAGAUUGCUGAGCGCAUGGAAGGCUAA